AGCGGUAAGUGGGGCUCUCUGAUCUGCAUUCGGUCAUUCAGUGACCCUCUCUCCUCAACUGACCUCAGCCGGACUGUCCGCAUGCCGCGCCUGGCGAGGCUGCUUUGGUUAGGUAGCCACUGAUGAAUCUGGAGGUUCUCAGUCAUCCUCUCUUAAACCUGCCCUGGACAUUCCAACAGUCCAACUUCUGAGGGCAACCUUUAUUUGCCCUUGUUUGUCGAUUUCGUGCACCGUUUCUCCGCCGCCAAAUUACCCUAGUUUUUGAUUCCAAUCCCGCAGAAUUGUAUCGGCGUCGGAGUCGGAACCAUGUUCGACAUCUUUGCCAAGCUUCUCUCCUCUGUCGCGUCAUUCCUGUUCCCACUCUUCGCCAGCUACAAGGCUCUCAAGACAUCAGACCCGGCCCAGCUAACGCCAUGGCUGAUGUACUGGGUUGUCCUGGCCUGCGCGCUCCUCAUUGAGUCGUGGUUAGACUGGUUUCUUGUCUGGAUCCCCUUCUACGCGUAUAUCCGCCUGCUCUUCCUUCUCUACCUCGUAUUCCCCCAAACCCAAGGCGCUCGCCUCAUCUACGAAAAGUACAUCCACCCGAAACUCGAGGAGAACGAAUCGGCCAUAGAAGAGUUCAUCGCCUCAGCCCAUGAGCGCCUGCGCAGAGCGGGAAUAGACUACAUCAAGCGCGCCAUCGAGGUCGUCAAGACCAGCGUCCUCGGCCUGCCCCCAACACCGGAAGCCGCCGCCUCCCCGCCCGAGCCGCAAACUGCGCAGUCGUACACCCAAGCCCUCCUCGCGCGCUUCACCCUCCCCUCGGCACGAUGGACCGCAACCACCUCGGGCACCGGCCCUUCCACUGGCGCUCCAUCGUCCACCGCGGCGGCUGAUUUCUACAACCUCCUCGCCUCGGCCGUCUCAAGUGCCAUGUCCGCAGCCACCACCGGCAGCGGUAGUGCAAGUGGCGCCCCCCCCGGUGGUGGUGGUGGUGCUGCUGCUGUAAGCGCCGUCCCCUCGGCGCUGAGCAUGCUCAUUCCGGAGUCGAUCCGCUCCGCCUCGGCGGCGGCCCGCGUCUCCUUCAUCCAGGCCCAGCGGGAGCGCCUGAGAAUAGUACUGUCCGCCCUGGACAGGGAGGAGGCGGCGGCGGCUGCUGGUCAGGAUCUGGGUGCGCAGGAGCUGCGGGAGAAGGAGAAGCCUGGGUCUAUGGGUAGUAUCAGCGUCGUCAGUGACAAUGGUGCUGGCGGGGCAAGUAGUCGGCGGUCGCUGAGCGAGCAAAGCAUUGCCAGCGGGCUGAGCAAGAGUCGGUCCGAGGCGGAUUUUGAAAAGUUGGAGGCCGAGAGCGGCGAGGAGAUGGAUAUGCAGGGCCUUGAUACCCCCAGUGGUGGUGGAGGGGCUAGGAGACGGGUUGCGGGGCAGGACGACGAGGCCAGAGGCGGAGGGUGGCUCCCCUGGGGUUGGGGGACUGGUGGUGGGGAUGCCGGGAGGAGUUCGGGGUUGGAGAAGUAGGGGAAACCAAGGCCGCUUGCUAUUUCAGUCCGGGGGUUUUGGUAUCUAGGGACUGGCGUAAGUUGUUAGAUCUCUUGACGGGUAUGGGUAGGUACGGUACCGGCGUUGUUUUGUGCCUAGGCUGCCCUGCAGAGCUGAUUUAAAGGUCAUGGUAAGAUGCGCUCGGCAACCAUCGGUAGAAG